AUGAUCGGAUCCAAUGACAAGACAAUGAGUCACUUAAGUACAGGUCGUCUGAAUGUGAAUCACAUGAAAGAGUUGGCAAAACAUGAAUUACUUGAAUGUCUGGACAAAUGUAUGGGAAGUAAAGCCAUUGUUUGGGACCACGAAUUGGUCGGAAUCUUUGGAUUAGUUGCCGAUUAUCUGCUCCUUAAAGAGCAUCAAGUGAUCCAAAUGUUUGAGUUAAGGCCCGGAAGACUGCCCGCCAUUACUGCCACUCAUGUCAUAUAUUUGACACGAACUAAGCUCUCACUUAUGGACACCAUUGCAGACAACCUCUUGAAUGAAGACAAGAAGCCAUCCAUUGCGGCGAAGAAUGGCCGCGAGUUUCACGUGAUAUUUGUUCCGCGAAGAAGUAUUCUCUGCGAACGUAAGCUUCAAGUGUUGGGAGUCUAUGGAAACUUGAAUACCAUCAGUGAAUAUGGGGUCGAGUUGUUCGCUCUCGACAGCGAUGUCUUGUCUAUGGAGUGGCAGAACUGCUUCCAAGAGAUCUAUGUGGACAACGACUACACAUCACUCUUCCAUUCGGCCAAAGCUCUGAUGACUUUACAGACACUUUACGGCAUUAUUCCCAAUGUGUUUGGUUUAGGAAAGUCGGCAAAAGUGGUCUUUGACUUAAUGACCAAAAUGCGAAAAGAGUUGUCUGGAAGUGAACCACAAAUCACUCCACAAAUUGAUCAGUUAUUACUCAUUGACAGAUCCGUUGACUUAUUAACACCUCUUAUGACACAAACCACUUAUGAGGGACUUUUAGAUGAGAUGUUUGGCAUAACUCACACCACAAUCAAAGUGCCGCCCGAGAAGUUCGUUCACCACAACUCUGCAAAUGAUGGCCAGACUAGUGAAGAGACCAUUGAAGGCCCGACAGAAGCCAAACAGUUUCACCUCAACUCCUCUGAAGAGCUGUUUGUGAAACUGCGAGACAUUAGUUUCAAGAGUGUUGGGCCGACACUGAGGACGAGUGCCAAAGCAUUGACACAACAGUACGACGAGAGACAUAACGCCAAAACUGUGCGACAAAUCCGUCAGUUUGUUGAUAAACUGCCGGCCCUUCAAAGUGCCCGCAAAUCGCAAUCAAAUCACACAUCAAUGGCUGAACUGAUCAAAGAAGUGACAGACGAGGAGUCCUUUUAUGAAACCAUUCAAACUGAACACCAAUUUGUCAAUUGUAUAGAAACUGAUAAAACAAGUCCUUAUAUUGAAGACUGUAUUGCAAAAGUAGAUCCUUUAGUGAAAAUUUUGCGACUCAUAUGUAUUCAAAGUUUCGCAAAUAAUGGCUUAAAAUCAAAAGUAAUUGAGUUUUAUAAACGAGAAAUACUUCAAACAUAUGGCUAUCAACACAUCCUUACGUUUAAUAAUUUAGAAAAAGUUGGUUUAAUUCGCAAUUCUGGCACUUAUUCUCAUCGAGUUUAUAAUGUGUUGAGGAAGACAUUGAAACUCACUGUACAAGGAGUUAAUGAGUUGAGUCCGACAGACAUCGCUUACGUACACAGCGGUUACGCACCACUCAGUGUACGACUGGCCCAAUACCUGGACCAUCCGGGCUGGCGGGCCAUCACUGAUGUCCUCAAAACACUACCCGAGCCUACGAUAGAGGAGACGCAACACAUGGCGCCCGGCCUUCGCAAGAGACGCAACUCCGGCGCUUCCAUUCAGACGGGCGUUAUUGAGGACCAGAAGUUGAUUGCAGUGUUCUUUUUGGGCGGUUGUACUUACACUGAGAUCUCCGCCCUUAGGUUCCUCUCACAGAAGGAGGGAUUCAAUGCCGACUUCAUUGUCAUCACUACUAAUAUCAUUAAUGGCAAAACAUUUCUACAGUCUUUAACUCAUCUGCCAUUAAAAUAA